GCAUCCAAAGCCGCGACCCAAUCCCCGCCCCUCCUCUCGUCUCACCUCCUCCCCAAUCAGCGGAGGCCAGCGGCGCGCCGCCUCUCCCCCGAAUCCGCGGCGCCGGAGAAGGAGCAGCCAGCCCGAGCAGCUUGGGCGGCCCAUUCAGGUGGCGACAUCGGUGGCGGCGGGCGGAGGUGAGGCGGGCGAGGCCGGAGACAGGCUGGCGCGGGGCGGAUCCUCGGCAGCGGCGAACGGAGGCGUCGGGCGCGGCCGGAGACGGUCCGGCGCGUGACGGAACCGCGGCGGCUUCGACUGGAGGCGCCGGGCCUCGGCCGCGGCGCGGAGGCCGGGACUGAGAUCCAGGCUCGCGCGCGUCCUGCUCGUCGACAAGGUGGACUACCUCCAGUGGAUCGGCACCGCCGCGGCCUUCUUCUUCGUCACCAUCCUCGUCGUCGCCUUCCUCCCCGGAUCGCUCGUCCUCGACAUCCCCGCCAUGCCGCUCCCCUCCAGGCGCGCCAGCGCUGGCGCGGGCAGGACCCACCCCUUGCCGCCUCCCGGGCUGGACAGCGGCGAGGGCCUCGCGUUCGAGCCGACCAGGCUGCGGGAGAGGUGGGCGAGGGAGCGGAGGGAGGAGGCCGAGAGCCUGGCGGACCUCGGGAUGCCCGUGAAGAGGGCCGGGGCACGGAAGCCGCGCCUCGCGUUGCCAAUGUGUUGGCCUCAGCUGAUUUCCUGGGAAUCAUGUGUGGACAAGCAUUUCCAGAAGGACUAUGAAGGUGGAGUAUGUGCUGAGAACUCGGGGUCACAAAUGGGAGGUUAUGGUUCAUUCUUGUACCCCCAGCGUUCUCUGUCUGUUAUAUCUCAAUCUAGAAGUCCUGCAGUUCCUCCAAACCAUGGCAAUGCCUCUAGAUCACCUUAUGUUCCAGUGGAGAGUGCACAGAAGAGUCAUUUUGUCAAGACUGAAUUAGAUAGCAGGGGAAAAGAUGAUUAUUGUCGAAGAACAUCGAAUGGGAUCAAUGGUAAUCCUCAUCAACAGAUUUUGAACAGAGCAGUCAAUGGUCCUGAGCAAAAGGCACCUAAAAUACGUAUCAAGGUGAACAGCAGUAGAAGUUUGGCAAGAAAUACUGCUGCUGUCUACAGUGGUCUGGGCCUCGACAUUUCUCCUUCAUCCUCUAUGGAUGACAGCCUUGGUGGGAGCGCUGGAGAUCCUGAGCCCAAAAAUUUACCAGAUGCAUCUCCGCAUACCAUUUUACAGAUAAUGACCUGCCAUCCUAUUCCUGGAGGACUCUUGCUUUCACCACUUGCAGAUAAUAUUAUGGCGCUGAGAAAAAAGACAGCAUCUGUAACAAAGGAACAUGAAGCACCUGAAUUUGAUUAUGACAAAGCAGAACUGAACAGAGACUGGUGUCCCACGACCUCUGCUGCAGGAGAUAACAAAAAUAAGGUGUCAAAUAAAAAUAAGUAUGUUGAAAAGAAAGAUCACCUCCCAAGUAUCAAGAAUUCACAAUGCAGACAUAAUGAUUCAACAAUUGUGAAUAAGGGGACUAUGCCUCAGUUACUGGAUAUGUCAGAUGAUGCAGGUUCAGUCCUCUUACCUAGAAGCAUGAAGACAGAACAACAUUCAGUUGAGGAAUCAGAAAAAUUGGUGGCUGAUAUUCCGAAUCACCUGAAGGAAACAAAGAAUGGUCCACUGAAAGCACGAGGCAUGAGUUUGCCAUACUUGAUAAGGAAGAGAAUAUAUGAAGCUAGGCCAAAGUUAGGGACCGACACUGCUGCUAGCUCAUGUGGAACGGGCAACAAACCAAACCAGAAGUUGGUCUGAUGUAUCUGCAAAUGCUGUAUGUGUAUAAGGUCAUGUUCUGUACAGCCAUAUCUUCAUGACGGGCUCGGCUGCAGGGGCUAGGUGAGAGCUCAUCAGUAUAUGUUAGUAAUGCUCACUACCUCGGCGUCCACUGGUACUUGGUGCGACUUCCAUACAUCAUCAAGCUAGCGAGAUGGGCUCACCGCCUUGACAGCAUCAAGCUAAUGUGAUGCCCUUAUUAUUUGCCUAUAUGCUUCCGCUGGAUGUGUCUUCUAUGCUGCGGCAUUGACCUGCUGUGGUAGCUACGUAGAUAGGGCUAUGUAAAAGUUAUUUUGUGUAAGUGCAGUACAUCCUCUGGCUGAUUGGGAGGCUUGUAAGACAAUCCUUCAUCCAGACCCUAUGUUGAGAAUACGGGCUUAGCUUUAUAUGCUCUUUAACUACUCCUAUGCAUGACACGAACUGUUGCCCAGGAAGAAUUUUUGUUGAUACACUUUC